AAGGUGCGUGAAGCCUUCCUCUCCGUCGUCCUUUGCCCCCCUGUUACGUGCACGCUGUGAUUAUGUUAAUGCCGCGUUGGCCAUCGCUUUCGCCGUCCUUUCCUCCAACCUCCAUUGUUUAGCCACUUCCCCACGCCCUGCCGCCACCUCAAAUGCUUAAGUAUUGGCGCCCUCGAGGCCUUGGAGUGUACGUGGUGCGGGCGUGGCGGUAGGAACCAGCCAAGCUUUGGGUGUGUCCAAGAUCCUCGUGAGCCGUGACCACCAGAGAAUUCUUGGAGAAAUGGCUUCCGCCGAGCUUGGGUCGGACGCGUGCGGCUUCCCCUGCGGCGGCGACGACGGCGCGAUGGCGGCGCUCUCGCCGACGGUCGUCGUGUCGGUGCUCGCGUCUCUGCUGGAGCGGCACAUCGCGCGCAACGAGAGGGCCACGGCCGGGGCGACGGCCGGCCAUGGCCCCGAGGCGUCCGGCGAGGACGCGAGGAGGGCCGCGGCCUUCGACGGCGGCACGGUGCUGGACAUGGGCAUGCGGGAGUUCCUGGAGCGAUUCUCCCGGUACGCGCACGUGUCGCCGCAGGUGUACGUGGUGGCGUACGCCUACCUGGACCGGCUCCGCCGCGGCGGCGACGGCGCCGGGGCGGUGCGCGUCGUGGCGACCAACGCGCAGCGGCUGCUCACUGCGGCCAUCCUGGUGGCCUCCAAGUUCGUGGAGGACAGGAACUACAAGAACUCCUACUUCGCGGCGGUGGGCGGGCUGAGCGCGGCGGAGCUGAGUUCGCUGGAGCUGGACUUCCUCUUCCUGAUGCGGUUCAGGCUCAACGUGAGCGUGAGCGUGUUCCGGAGCUACUGCCGGCACCUGGAGAGGGAGGUGGGCCACGGCGGCGGGUACCAGGUCGAGAGGUGCCUCGAGAAGGCCCUCCUCGUCUCCUCCGGGGAGGCGCGGCGGCAGCACCGGCAGACGCCAGCGGCGGCAGCAGCUCAGUAAAAGGCCCUCGCCAACCUGGACACACUAAAGACUAAGGUAGCCGCAGCCAUUGACGGCGGCCGCACGAGCUCGUCGCCGUGGCGUGUGCCGCGUCGUGACAAGAUCGAGUGCCCAGUGGCCACACGGGCUGUACCUGUACGUACAUAAUCGUAGAAAGUUUGCUAACUUGCAUGUGUUAGCAGUUGUACACACAACCUCGAUAGGAAAAAGAACCAAUGCGAGGAUUAGUAAGAAAAAAAAUCUCUUUUUUACUUUGCUUAUUCGGGCACAAUGACAAAUGAUUGCUUUUUAGCAGCUAAACAGAAUGGACAGGGACUGGCAGAUCGAGUGAGAAUUGUAACAAAAUAUCCUUCCCAUUUACGUAGAAUAAAGAGAAGGGGACAGCUUUCCGUAA